CCGGAUGUAAAGCGCUGCGGCUCCAGCUAGCGGCGGCUGUGUGAAGUGCAGCUCCGCGGACACACGGUCCGGAUCCGGAGCGCUAGCGGGCUAAACCCGAACCGAACCCGGCAGAACUCUCCAGAACCAGCAUGUUCGGCUCGUCCCGGUCCGGAGGAGUGCGCGGCGGACAGGACCAGUUCAACUGGGACGAUGUUAAAGCGGAUAAACACCGGGAGAACUACCUGGGGAACUCCCUCAUGGCCCCGGUUGGCCGCUGGCAGAAGGGGCGGGACCUGACCUGGUACGCGAAAGAUAAGCAGGGAGAGAGAGUGUCGCGAGAGCAGGAGCUGGCGGCCGUGCGAGAGGCGGAGAGAGAGGCCAUGAUGGCAGCGCUGGGUCAUAAAACAGUGCAGAGACGGCCGGCCGGAGUCACUAAAGAGGAUCUGGCGGAGGUCUGCCGGAGGGACGGAGACGCUGAGGAGCGCAGUGUGGACCGAGUCUCUGGACUGGGAAGCUCCAGUGCGGGGUCCAGAGGGAUGGUUCUGUCGAAGCAGGAGAAAGAGGCAGUAAAGAUGGGUCUGCCUGUGUUCACACAUCAUAAGCCAGUGGGAGGGGAGGAAGCAGCGGUGAGGAAAGUGGAGGAAACGAGACGAGAAGAGGAAGAAAAGAGGGACAGAAGCAGCAGCCACAAGAAGAGUAAAAAAGAGAAAAAGAGCAAAAAGGAAAAGAAGAAGAAAAAGGAGAAGAAGAAGCGCAGGAGAGACUCCUCCUCCUCCUCAGGAGACGACUCUGAUUCAGACUCUUACACUAAACGGCGCAGGCCGGAUCGUGGUGAUCGUGGUGGUGUUAAUCCAUCACGCCGCAGCCAGAGUGGAGCCGCCGCUCCUGACAGCCAUUCAGCACAGGGGUCAAGGGUCAGCCGCAGAAGCCACUCCCCUCCCCCUCAGGACCGCCCCCGCUACCGUAGCCCCGCCCGCUCGCCCAGUAAUCGUCCCCGACAACGACGCCGCAGCACGGACUCACCCUCCAAUGAUGCCGGUCGCUGUAGCAACCGGGAGUCUCCGCCCCGGAGGCGGCGCCACGACUCGGACUCUGACGACUGAGGAGCUGGUCAGUGCGACAACCAAUCAGAGAGCAGCUGAACUCGGACACUGUACAGAACAUUUAAUACUUAUUACACCACUGGAGAGAAGCCUGUAUCUCCUUUAUUUUCUCAUUAUUAGACUGUUAGACUAAAAUCAGAAGAUUAAUCAUAAAAUUUAUUUCUGUGCAUUUUAUGCCUUUUAUAUUCAUAUUACAUUUAAUUUUAUUUAGAAUUACUUGCAAGGUUAUUUUAUUACUGAGUUCGGCCAAUGUAGUGUUAAGAGUCUUGCCCAAGGACUCUUAUUGGUCAGAACAGGAAUUGAACCCCAGCCUCCCAUACAAUCACAUUUUAAUUUAGAAAUAAUUAUAAUAAUUUUAUAAUAAAAUUUAAUUCUUUAAAUUCAUAAAACCAGUGCUUUAUAUUUAAAACAAGUAAAAUAUCUAAAGUUCCUGUUCCUGAAUGAUCUUCUGAUUUCUAAUAUCAGUCUUAUAAUGGAAAAUAAUCGACAUCAAUCAGCCAAAACAUUAAAGCCAUUCUGUAUAAACCACCCACUGUUUCUGCAGCCUGUGUGAACACACACGUUGAUUUUAUUUUGUUUUGAUAUUAUUGUUAUUAUUACAUCACAGAAACUAUUUUUGUCAGUGUUAAUAAACUGUGAUACUGCAGCAUUAUUAAAACCUUUUUUAUAAGCAUGUUUCACUUUGGAUUUACAUUAAUUAUUUAAUUCUAUUUGAUGAAUUUGUAAAACAAAUAAAGAGAACUUUUUACUCUAAA